UUUCUCUAUAAACCUAAUCUUCACUUACCUUUAAUUAUCUUUUCUAUUUAAAUGAGUUAACGUUCUUAUUUUUUAAUUGUAAUUAUUGUUCGAGUUUAAUUAAAUAAACUUUGAUUCGUAAUUCGACUAAACUCUUGUGUAGUUAUCAGAGAUACUUUGGUAUUUUCAUUGACAAUUUGUUUCGAAGAUCGCGGUUUCUCAUUUAUCUUUUUCCAUUAAAUUAUCUUUCACUGUUUUCAUUUUUUUUUCUCUUCUCAUAUCAACCAGUUUCUAUAAUAUUGUUUUAAAUUGUUUAUUCUUUGUAAAAUUUCCCUCGGUAAUUUGUUUACCCGAGUUUCAUUUAAUUCUUUAAGACCAUAGUGUUUCUGGUCUUGUGUAACUCUAUCCGUGAUUUUUGUGACUCUCAUUUAUUUCUGACAUUGGGCAUCACCCAUCAUCCAUAAUUUAAUAUGGCUCGGACAAAACAAUUCUCAUCAAAUGCAAGUAAAGUACAAAAGGCCAGAAAAUCAACUGGUGUUGGUUUUAGUGGUACUCCAUUGGCAACCAAAUUGGCCGCUAAACGUGGUAAAACCAUUGGUAAAGGAAAGAAAGAUAUACGUGACAUGAUUAAAUUUAAACCUCGUCGAUAUCAUCCUGGUGUUGUUGCUCUCCGAGAGAUAAGGAAAUUACAGAAACGAACUGAUCUUCUCAUCCCGAGAAAUCCAUUCUUACGUUUGGUCAAAGAGAUUGCCAUGGACUAUUCUCUCGCUCAGUUGAGAUUCCAAUCAGCUGCAUUAACUGCACUACAAGAAGCGGCCGAAGCCUUUCUGGUAAGACUUUUCGAGGAUACACAACUUUGUGCCAUUCACGCUAAAAGAGUGACCAUUUUCCCUCGAGAUAUUGCUUUAGCUCUCAGAAUUCGUGGUGAAAUAUUUCUUCUUGGUUCUCGUCCAAUCCGGUAAACCCAAUUCAUCCCAAAUAUAAAUAAUGUAUUCAUAGCCUUUACCUUAAACAAAACCAAAAUACCUUUUAAUCAUAACAAUCUUUAUCCAAUUUCCAGAGAAUCAAUCACAAAACAAAACAAAAAAAACCAUUCAAAUUAUAAUCAUCGGUGUUAAAUCCAUUAUCAUAACAUUCAAAAAUUAUGAUUAAUUUGUAAUCAUUUAAUAAAUUGUAAGCUAUUGGCAUAAAAUGAAA